CGUACAGCGGCUUUGCCGGCAGAGUGGAGUAGGAGGGGGUCUGGCUACUUCCUUGUGCGUUCCCGGCGGUGUCGGUUCGCCUUCAGUGCGCGCGUCUCUCUCUCUCUCUCUCCCUCCCUCCCUCCUUCUUCAUCCCUUUCCUCUUUUUCAUCCCUAUGUACAACCUCCGCCUUUUCAAACGAGAUGACAGUCAACGCGAGCGCAUGAGCGCAUCCUACAGGUGUGUUGCUGCCAACUGAUCCGCAGCUACCGGAGACACACACACCUGGAAACUAACCUACCAUGUGACUCGGCACCUGGGCGUGGAGAAAGUCCCGAAAUUCUAAGCAACAGACUCUUUUGUUGAAGAGUUCUUCGCGUCGCCUCUCAGCGGGAAUUGAUAAAUCGUUUAACCAAGUAGUCCGUUUUCCUACGGAAUAGUGCCUUUCUGAAUCCCCCCCUCACAGGACGAGUGAGGAGAGUAAAAUGUAAACUUGCUUACGGACGUCUUUCUUUUUUGUUACUGUUUAACCAGCGGGAUUCUUCGGUGUUGGAACUGUUCGCGCUUGUGCCACUACUCUCUUCGCUCUUUUCCUUUCAAGAGCCCAGGCCCUUAAUGAAGCUGGGGGUCAGUGGUGGUGUGCGGCUAAUUGGCCAAGUUUGCCCGGGGCUCCGGCUGCCUGUGAUUGAAGUGUCCAGCAAGCAGCGACUGUGCAGUCACUGCUGCACCCUGCUCUGUUUCACUCCAACAGCCAAGACGCUCACUGCACACCUGUCGGCCUCUCCCUAAGAUGGCAAGCUGGGUCUCCCUCCUCCUCUUCCUCCUCCUCUUCCUCUUCUGGCAGUCACGAGCCCACGAAGCGGACAGCAAAAUCCCCACUGUGGAGUUCAUCUCCGACACCCCAAUUAACAAUGUGGUCCAGGACUCACAGACCGGUCGCAUCUACCUGGGAGCAGUCAACACCAUCUUCCAGCUAGGGCCGUCCCUCCAGCUGGAGGCCCGCACCGAGACGGGCCCCAAAAAAGAUGCCCGAACCUGUACGCCUCCUGCUUUAGGCUGUCAGGACACAGAGCUCAUGCCCAAUAGCAAUAAGCUUCUGCUGGUCCACCCGUCCAAUGGUUCACUAAUAGUAUGCGGCAGUCGCUACAAAGGCAUAUGUUCCCUCCUCAAUUUGUCUAAUGUAGAACAAGAGCUGUAUUACAAUGACAACAAAGGAGAGAGGACUUACGUGGCUAGCAUAGAGGAUAAUGUGAACGUGGUGGGCGUCAUGUCCACCUACACGAAAGAUGGAAAGACCUUCAAAGUGUUCCUUGUUGGAAAGGGCUAUGGAAACCUGGACAGUACAAAAAUAAUCAGCACACGAAUCCUUGAGGACUACAGCGAAUGGGUUGUAUUUGAGAACAUCAUUGAGGCGUCAGGGGUACAGACAGCGCCAUUUGUUCUCAAGUAUUUACACGACUUCCGACAUGCCUUCAAAGAGGAUGGUUUUGUUUAUUUCCUCUUCUCUCGGACUCUUGACGGCACAGAUAACAAAAACUUGACCUUUGUGUCUCGUCUUUGUGAAGAUGACCACCAUUACUACUCAUACACAGAGCUCCAGUUAAGCUGCGGUACAGAUAACCGGUACAACAAAGUCCAAGCUGCAUAUGUGGCUUCUCCGGGAAAAGAGCUGGCACGGGUUAUGUCUGAAUCUGGUCAUUAUGGGACGGUGUCCACAUUUACUAAAGUCCUCUUCAUGGUGGCUCGUCCAGAUGACGACGACAGCAGCUCAGCUCUCUGCAUGUACCCGCUCAACUCCAUCAAUGAGCGGCUGGUGGAUAUCAUCAGCGCAUGCUACAGUGACUCUGGGAAGAUUUCCGGGUUUCCUGCUGUGGACGUCCCCUACUCAUCUCAAACCUAUGAAGCAUGCAAUUCCAAAAUUGCGAAGGACACGUUGGGAAACUUCAAAUGUGGUGCAGAGCAUUUGCUUUCCCCUCUGGCAAGCAAGCCAAGAUUUGCCUUAAAGGCAGAUGCAGUAUUGACCAUGCCGGUCCUGCUGAUUGCUGUAACUGUUGCUGUGGAGAAUGAUCACACCAUCGCCUUUUUGGGCAGCGCCAAUGGAGAUGUCUUCAAGGUUCACCUGACCACUGAGCCAGAUGAGUACGGCAAGGCUCCUGGCAACAACAUAGGAGAGAAGGUCAACAAGAACCUUUUCUUUGACCUCAGCCAGAGCCACCUCUACAUUACCACAGAGAAAAAGAUCACCAAGGUGCCAGUGCAGACGUGCCUCGAAAUGAAAGACUGCCAAUCAUGCGUGGAACUGAGGGACCCUUACUGUGGCUGGUGUGUUCUGGAGGGCAGGUGUACCAGGAGGUCUGAGUGCCGACGAGCGGAGGAGAAGAAUGGCUGGUUGUGGAGCCCCAGGCAGCAGUGUGUCAAGAUUGUAUCCUUCUAUCCCUCAAACCUUUCCUGCAGAAAGACCGGCAAGGUAAAGAUCAAUAUCCCCUCCCUUCCUGCCAUUGGACACUCUGACCGUCUGCAGUGCAAGAUUGAGUCUUUCCAGAGUGACGGCAUCAUGUCAGACUCUGGUCAGGUCUCCUGUGAUCUGCCCCAGCCUGGGUUUAUACCGAAAACACCUGAGGGCCAAGACUUUGUGGCCGUGACUAUCAGAAUCUUUGUCAAUGAGACUGUGGAGCUGGCCGGGCGGGAAUUCAGGUUCUACAACUGCGCUGCCACAGUGAGGAAAUCUGAAAACACACCGUGCAUGUCAUGUGUAGGCAGUCCGUGGGGAUGCCAGUGGAACAUGCAGGACCACACCUGCAGCGAUAACGACAGUGUGGUCGGCCCCAGCAUCAUCAAGCACCGUCAGGGAGCACAGUGUCCUCAGUUCGAGAAUCCUGAUCCGGUGCUCAUCCCUGUGGGCCACAAAACUCAAAUCAGCUUUGAAGGCGUAAAUUUGGAACUUUACAAGGGUCGUGGUUUCACCAUUGGCACUGAGCUGAUGACAAAGGAAGAAGAGGUCACGUUUGAGGGGGGGCGAUUCUACACUUUCAGUGGCUUCAAUUUUGCCUAUGAUAAGUCACCGGAGACCAAUAUUCUUUUCUACGUGAAGGACAAGGAGUCUGGCAAGAAGAUGGACAGCACAGUGAACGUCACCCUGUACAACUGCGGUGUUGAGAGGAACGACUGUAGUCUUUGCAAGAACGCCGACCCAAAGUACAAGUGUGUGUGGUGCAGCAAGAGGAAGGCGUGUGUGUAUGAGCAGCUCUGCGAUCCUGUCCCCCACAACACCGAGUGCCCUAACCCCGAGAUCACCGAUAUCACCCCUCGUUUUGGCCCCGUGCUGGGAGGCAUCUCCAUCACCAUCAGUGGCUCCAACCUCGGUAUCCAUCAGGGAGACAUUAAAAGCAUCACAGUGGCUGGGAAGCCCUGCAUUCAUCAGCCAGAAAAGUACUCUGUCUCCAAAAGAGUUGUGUGUGAGAUUGGACCUGUUGAUAAAGCUGACUGGGGCCAGGUGGAGGUUGAGGUGAAUGGAGGGAAGAGAGGAACCUCCUCCGUUUUCUUCACCUACAGGGACCCAGUGCCUGAUGAGGUGAAACCAGCUAGAGGUCCUAAAGCAGGGGGAACCCUCAUUAGAAUUUCUGGACGAUUUCUGCAUACUGGCAGUAAGGAAGAUGUGCAGGUCACCAUCGGAGGGGUGGACUGCAUUGUGGAGCACUUUGGAGAAAAUAUCACCUGCAGGACAGGAGAAUACCGAGCGGAUAAGGUGCCCUCCGACCCUCUCGCCGUCGUAAUGAAGUAUGGAAAGAGUACCACAAAAAACAUCCCAAGUGCCUUUUGGUUUGUUGAAAACCCCACUGUGCUGGAUCACCAUCCCAAAGGAAGCUUUGUCUGUGGAGGGAGGACCAUUGUGGUGGUUGGUUCCGGUUUUGACCUAAUCCAGACUGCAGUCAUGAAGGUCCAGGGAGGCAACUCAGAGCCCGCCCAGAUAAAGAACAACACCAUCAUCCAGUUUCAGUCUCCGGCAGUAACGGGCUUCUUCAAUCAGCCCUUGAAAACAGUCAUCCUGCUAGACAACUUGGAGCACGAACUGAAGCCCUUCUACUACCACCCCAACCCCCACUUCAAUAAUAUAACCAAGAAGGUCAUCACUGAGAACAGCAUCAUUAGCGUUACUGGUCGGGGUUUCUCCAAAGCAAUGACGGCAAAAGAGGCUGAAGCCUUUGUAGGCGACGUUCAGUUUGUGGUCAACACCCUUCAGGACGAUAAGCUGUUCUUGGACCCACCUUCCACCUCGCUUCACGCUCACUCCAGAGACACACAGCCCGAGCUGCAGCUAAAGAUCAAGUUUGGGAGUGGGGAGUGGGUGGUCGGCUCGGUGCAAUAUGAGAAAAAGAUCACUCUCCCACUCUACAUCAUCAUCCCUGCUGUCAUUGUGCCCAUGCUGCUCAUCAUCACUAUCUCUGUCUACUGCUACAGGAGAAAGAGUCAGCAGGCAGAGAGGGAGUAUGAGAAGGUGAAACACCAGCUUGAGAAUCUGGAGGAGAGUGUACGAGACCGCUGCAAGAAGGAAUUCACAGACUUGAUGAUUGAGAUGGAGGACCACACCAAUGACCUGAAUGAGGGACGAAUCCCCUUCCUGGACUACAAGACCUACACAGACCGGGUCUUCUUCCUGCCCUCCAAAGAUGGUGCUAAUGAUGUGAUGAUCACAGGGAAGCUAGACAUCCCGGAGGCUCGCAGGGCCAUCGUGAUUCAGUCACUCAACCAGUUCUCCAACCUCCUGAACUCCAAGACAUUCCUCAUUAAUUUUAUCCGUACCCUGGAGCGCAGUCAUGACUUCAACGCCAGGGCCAAGGUGUACUUUGCCUCCCUGUUAACAGUAGCUCUGCACGGGAAGCUGGAAUAUUACACCGACAUUAUGAGAACACUGUUGCUGGAGCUGAUGGAGGAAUACGUCAACAGCAAGAACCCCAAACUAAUGCUGCGCAGGUCAGAGACCGUGGUGGAACGGAUGCUGUGCAACUGGAUGUCAAUCUGCCUUUACCAGUUUUUGAAGGACUCUGCAGGCGAGCCCUUGUACAAACUGUUCCAAGCCAUCAAGCACCAGAUUGAGAAAGGGCCUGUGGAUGUCAGAGUGAAGAAAGCCAAAUACACUCUCAACGACACAGGCCUGUUGGGUGACGACGUAGAGUACUCUGUCCUGACCUUGCAAGUACUGGUUCAAGGCGAGGGGCCAGAUGUUACGCCCGUCAAGGUGCUGAACUGCGACACCAUCUCACAGGUGAAAGAGAAGAUCAUUGAGCAGGUGUACAGGAACCUGCCAUACUCCCAGCGGCCCAAGGUCGACAGUGUCACCCUGGAGUGGCGCCCGGGCUCAACGGGGCAGAUUUUAUCAGAUCUGGACUUGACCUCCCAGAAAGAAGGCAGGUGGAGACGCAUCAAUACUCUGGCACACUACAAUGUGCGAGAUAACGCCACAUUAGUUUUGUCCAAAGUGCAACACACUCAACAGAACUAUGACCAGAAUCAGGAAAACCACGAGGAGCGAAAUGCUUUGUUGGAGGAUGAUAAAGUGUUUCACUUGGUGAGGCCAGCAGACGAACUGGAUGAGAUCAAAUCUAAACGAGGAAGCAUAAAGGACAAGUCGAUGACCAAAGCCAUUACAGAGAUCUAUCUAACAAGGCUCCUUUCUGUAAAGGGAACACUGCAGCAGUUUGUGGAUGACUUCUUCCGCAGCGUGCUGUGCUCUGGGGCAGUGGUCCCACCUGCUGUCAAAUAUUUCUUUGACUUCCUGGAUGAGCAAGCGGUGAAACACAACAAUGUGGAUGAGGAGACUAUCCAUAUCUGGAAAACAAAUAGCCUGCCUCUGCGGUUCUGGGUGAACAUUCUCAAAAAUCCCCACUUCAUCUUCGAUGUCCACGUCUCUGAAGUGGUGGACGCCUCGCUCUCUGUCAUCGCCCAGACCUUUAUGGAUGCUUGCACCAAGAGUGAGCACAAACUCAGCCGGGACUCUCCAAGUAACAAACUACUCUAUGCAAAGGAGAUCUCCACAUAUAAGAAGAUGGUGGAUGAUUAUUACAAGGGCAUCAGGCAGAUGGUACCUGUCAGUGACCAGGACAUGAACACUCAUUUGGCAGAGGUGUCACGGUCUCACACAGACAAACUGAACACACACGUGGCUCUCCAUCAGCUUUACCAGUACGCCAGCAAAUACUAUGAUGGGAUAAUCACAUCCCUGGAAGAGGACCCAGCUGCCCAGAGUAAACAGCUGACCCUGCGGCUCCAGCAGAUAGCAGCCGCCCUGGAAAAAAAAGUGACUGAUCUCUAACCCACUAAGUGGAAGGAGGGACCUAGAGUGGGGGUGGGGGUAUUGCCAGUGACUACAGGGGCUUAUUUCUUUUUUUAGUGAAUAAAAUAUAGAAAUGAGGAAAUGUGAGAAGGGACUGAUGUGGGCGUAUAUAUUGGAGAACUUGGCCCUGGGGUAAUUUUCUGUUCUGUGGAGUAACAGACUAAUGAAAUGCAGAAAAAGAGAAGACAGGAAGAAAAUGGUGGGUUACACUGUCAUAGGUACGCCUUAAAGCUCACUUGCCAAACCUUAAAGGUCUGUGCACUCAUUCAUGCUUCACUGAAUAUUGCUCCCACAAUGCAGUGCGGCAGAACUCUCUCUGAGAUUUAAGCCCCUCUGUGGAGCACUGGCAUAGGAGAUAAUCAGAUGUUCAAUUUCUCGCUGUGUAUUAAAAAAAAAAAAAAAAAAAAAAAAGUUUUAAGAGUUGUAUUAUAUAUUUUUUUUAUUGUGCAGUCUUUAUGCGGAAAGCUUUAUAAGAAAAAAAAUAUCUUUUUAAAUGGAUCACCUUGUGGUGCGGAUAGUGUUUUUAUUAGCCUGUGUGCGCGUAGAUGCCUGUGUGAAGUACUUGUGAGCAAGAGUGUGUGUUGCUAACCUUAAGUGUGUGUUUGGGUGGAUUGCACAUGUGCGAAUGUGUGUGGGAUUGUGCGUGCACACACGGGAUGCCUACUGGUCAGGCGUGAGGGCGAAGGGACGCCUGCUUUGUUAUUUUAAGUCCCCAUACUCAGUAACACACUGGAGCCUGUGCUCUCAAUGAGCUUUAUGACAGAGACCAAAGGGUCCUCAAAAGGACGCUGGUUAAUCUUGCAAUGUGCAGGCUCAUAUGAAUGACAGGUCACCAGUAGUAUCGGUAACAUUUCAGUUCAGUUCUUUUCUUUUGGUUCAGGCUGCAUUGCCAGUUGUGCUUGUGGAAAUCAAUAAUAGCACAGUCUGUCUCCCUUUAUUGUACAGUGCCAUGAAACAUUCCACUUCAACUAAAGCACAGAAGGACAUUUAACACGUUUUAAAAGACAUUUCAGUUAAUGACUGUUUUCAAAUUUAUUUUUCUUUGCUAUAUUAUUAUUUUUUUAAUGUCAGCAAGAAGCAACCUUUUUCCUGCCACUGAUUCAUGUCACUCAUAUUAGGCCUGCAAUAAUGUCAGUAUACCAUGAGCCACAGUAAACAGUUGCAUUAGCUUACUAAAGUAGCAAUUCAGCAAUAUGUUAGAAGAUUAUUAGAAUUGUUUUAUGCAUUACUCAUGUUUAUGAUUAUUGUACCAUAUUUUUAGUAUUACCCUUGUAACGUUCCAAAUAGUCAUCAAGCAUUCUGCCUCUACACAAAAUAGCCUGUCGCUGAUGUUUAUAAUCUACCAGAGAUGCAGUUGGUACUUAAAUGGCAUGCUCUGAACAGUUAUCGUGGUUUUAGCCUCUGUAUGAUGUCGGAGAGGUUUGGUUCAGUCGUGUACAUAAUUGUUAUAUUAAUUGGGUUAUUGAUAUGUCAGUGUCAGAACCGAGGUGUCGCCAGGGUAGGUGGGUUAUUUCUUGGGCCAUUAGACGCCAUCUCUAAAUUGUAGGCCUUGCUGUUGACAGAUGAUUUAAUUGUACUUGCUGUAUCUGAUCGUGGUUGUGUGUAUUUGACGGAGCAUAACGAGCUCCAGAGACCCGAGAAUGUUAACGAUUCCUGCCUUCGCUAGAGAGAGAUGUGCACAGACCUCGAGCUUGCCUGCCUGCUGUCUCAGCAUGGCACCCUGGCAUCCCGACCAACGGCACUUGGCACUGCCCACUCGGCGCAGUGCAGAGUGGCACUCUGUAUAAUGGAAUCAGCAGGGGAGGCUUUUGAUCUUAAUUGCAUGCCGACUGCAGGCUCCAUCCUUGUCUCCACUGUUGUUUACUGCUGAGUCCUUUCUUACUGACAGAGUUGAUGCAAGAAGCUUCUUUCAGAGCCUUUCUUUCACCAAAAAUGUGCCUUAAUAAAUAGGAUAAUACAUAUAUUGUUUCUAAAUUAUUCUACUGGUAACCUAGGUGAAUAUGAUGAUGAUAGUGAUAUAGACACAGCAAUGUAUUUGGACUUGUGAUCUUAUGUGUGCUGUCUAAAAAUGCUAGAUGCCCUGCUGCAGCCAUUUGCGUGCCAAUAGGCUGAAAAUGUUUCAGUAAGAUUUCUUUUAUGGUUGCAGUUUUGAUGUGUGCAUUUCCUUUGGGUGUCUGUGAUGUGUGCUUAGUAGGACUUUGGUGGCUAAGGCAAAAAGCCAAACUGAAUAAAUGUAAAACAGUGGCCAAUGUGAUUUGGGUUUCCCUUGAAAAUGUCUGGCAUUCCUAAAUUAGUCUAACGCCAAAAGGUUAUCCUUAUGUAGAUGGAUAUAGCGCAAAAUUGUUCCAGUUGUGUUCAUUUUUUGCCCUGUGUUUCUCAGCUAUUCCACAGUGUGUACGAUAAAUGACUAUCUAUACUCGACAAAUGACCUUUCUUACUGCUGUGCAGUUAUUAUUUUUAUUUCUUGUUUCCUAUACCAUAUAAAUCUUUGUAAAACAGGUUGAAAUACUGUAUUCUAACUGUAUAAUCCUAUGCAUUGAGUCCUAGGACAAAAAUAACAAAAGAGAAAAAAAAAAAAACUGUUCGUGCAGUUGUCGAGACUUUUUUCCAUUUUGAAACUUGUGAAUGUGCUGUAAUGAUAAAAGAAACUGGGACGCUCCAUUUUCAGUACAGGACCAUUAACGGAAGCCAACGUUUUCCUUCGCAUCCGAGGCAGCUCAGAAGAUUCUCGAUCUUGUACCUGAUCUGGUUGUACUGGAUGAACUUAAUUUUACAAAAGUUGUGUGUGGACGGAGAGUUGCAGGUUUCAUCAUACGCUCCUCCGUUAAUAAACUCAUAGACAUAUACGCCCUUCA